AUGACAAAUAACAGCCGUAAAAUUGACAAGAGUCUGGAUUUAUCAAUAAUAGAAAAAGAUAAUAGUAAAUUUGCAGACAAAAAGAAAGUAUCCAAAUACUAUAACGUUAAAAAAUGUAAAUACAACAAAAAUAUAGAAAAGAUAAAUAUACAGAACAAAACUUUACCUCUAGAUCCUUCUGAAAUAUUCUAUAAAGAUAGUAUUGGAGUUUAUAGAAUUCCUAGAUGUAGUACAGGAUUCGAUAAUAGAAUACCAGGAUAUUUUAAUACAAAUUUCGGGAAGAUUUUAAAAAAUGUUGCUGAUCUUUAUAAUCGAUAUGGUGUUAAAUUAUUUGAUUAUUUUGAUGUAAAUAUUUUAGAUUUAAAUGAAAUUAAAGAGAAAGAAGAUCAACUUUAUUUAAACUUUUUUAGUAAAUAUAAAUAA